UCGCAACCUUCUCCGCCCUCCUCUCUCCCUCAAGAACACGAGAAGGAAGCGUCCGAGUCCCCACUCCCGUCCCAACUCCCACCUCUUAACUGCGAGAGUAUUAUUGCUGGAGCGCCUCUCUGCUCUUUUAAUUGCCCCGCCGUCUUUGUCAUGGAAGUUGGCGGGAGCUCGGCCGGCAGCAGCACAAGAAGCGGCGAAGGUGAUCUUUGCGCCGCGCAAGAAUCGCGAGAGGAGGAGAAGGCGAGGAGCGGCGGCGGUGCCAUGAGGGCCCGCGUGUGCGCGCGCGUACGCACGCCGCACGGCGUCGGGGCACUGCUCCUCGUCGGCGGCGCGAUCGUCGGAGCCGCCGUCGUUGCGUGGCGGCGCCGCGGCGACGGCAAGGGCGCCAACCACCAUCAACACCGCGAGAAGCAGCCUGCCAAGGAGGAGGGGUUUUUGGAUGGUGGAGUUGUUGAGGAUGAGCAGAUUCAGGGCAAGUUUGAUCAAUCUGAUGAGAAUUCGAGCAGGGAGGAUACGGAGGUUGGAACCAAUGGAUUGGAUGGUAAGGAAACACACGAUCUACAUGAGAAUCAGGAAGAGGAGAAAAAGGAGGAGGAGAUCAAUGCUGAUAAAUUGGAUAGCAAACUUGUAGAGAAAUUUGAUCCGAACUCAAGCAGGGGACUUGCCGAAAUCGUCACAGUUGAUACGGUCAGCUCUGCUUUCUGUACCAAUAAGGAGAGUGGAGACGUGAACAAGGCUGACCAGAAUUCAAGGAAGAACGAUAUCGAGGAAGAGGUCAUGCCAAAUGCCAUCGAAGGCGUGGAGAGUGUGGAGAACUGUGAUCAAAGCACUCUUACCAUCAGUAGCCUGGAGAUCGCGCGUGAAGAACAUAAUGAUGGUCCUCAAGAGACUGCAUCAACACAGGCGACGGCACCUCAACUGCUGAUCUCAGAGGAAGCGAAAGCGGAUACCAUGGCCGAAACAGCUGAAGUAGAAUUGGCAGAAGGAACAGCCAUAGAGGAGAAUGUAUCUGAACAUGAGGCAGCAGAAGCAGAAUUGUCAAAAGGAACAACCGUUGAGGAGAAUGUGUCUGAACAGGAGGCAGCAGAAGAAGAAUUGGCAAAAGGAACAACCAUGGAGGAGAAUGUGUCUGAACAUGAGGAGCAUAAACAGGCGGCAGAAAAGCCGGCGGUCGCGGCCGUCAUUGACUCAUCAGUGAUCUCUUCGCCGCAGUAUCUUCUCAAGUCAGCCGAGAAGAAGAGACCUGCAAAUCCGGAAUGGAAGGAGUCGGGAAUGAAGCUGUACCAAGACCAAGAUUGCGGCAACGGUGAGCUGAGCAAGGUGGGAACAAAGCAGGGAGGAGUAGCCGUGGUGACAGUGGAUCGUAGGGCUGCUUCUAUGGCCGUUCUUGCCAUCAUCUUGGCGGUGACAAUCGGAGUAAACGCCAUCUUCGCGGUGACCAUCGGAGUAAACAUCAUCUCGUGCCUGUAUUCCCAUCUGAGAGGGACAUGAUUACAUGAUCUUCAGAUGAAGUCGUGGACGUUCCUUCUUUUCCAUGCUUGUGAGGCUGUGCGCCAUAUUUUGCUGCGAGAAAAGUAAGUAAAUUUUUGAAAUCAUGAACAAAAACCCUUGACGGCGAAACUGUCUAUAUGAAACCCUGAAUUUUCUGAAAAUGUUUAAAAUGAAGGUAAGAAGACUGUUUCGAAAAGCGAUACUGGAUAUCAGCCUGAAAACAAUAUGUAGAAAUUCUAUGAAAUGAUAGCCCAUAACAAUUCAUAAAAAAUGUGAUUAUUUAUCUCAUGUGCAAAAAUAUGAGAAAUUCGUUCAUCUU